GGUGUGGUGCUGAAGAGACAACUCUCCUCUCCUUUCCGCUCAGUCAGACAGCCGCUCGCUCGCUCUCUCGGUUGGUCCUGCAGCCAUCAGCUGGUCCGUGGACGCUGGAUUUCACCGCCGGAAAGAUCCAUUAUUGGCGCUCAGCACCCACACAAGACCAAAAAAGAACAAUUUGGACCGUAGCACCGUCUCCGUAUCACCUGAAGCCCAUGUGGAAGAGAUUUCCAACAACUCACUUUCUUCAGGUCCUGAGGGUGUUUAAUGGCUGCCCCCUCCCAAGGUCGUUGGAGUCCUUGCAAUCAUAGAUCCAUCAUCAACGGAAACCGUCUCAUCAUGGAAACCCCCUACCUGCAGACUGCGCUCCUUGCCCCCCCCUGUAGUGGGUGUGAUUGCUGAGGGAGGGGUAGUGAUACUGAGACAAGGUUGUCUGUGAAGAUAAAAAUCAUCCAAACCAUGUAGUGUACCUCUCUCCAAGGAGGGGGGAGGGUCUAUAUUUGAGUCUGAUUUAUUUUUGAUUUUUUUCUGUUUAUGCAAUCUUUAGAACAGAUUUGUGUUUGCUUGUUUAAGUAGUGUAUGUGGGUGUAGCGUGAGGUGAGGAGAAAGUGACAGAGAGGAAGAAAGAUAGCAAAAGAAAAGAGAUGGUCCUCCACACCACCCCUUACUCCAGUGCCUGUCUGCACUUCUUGGAUGGCUUGUCGUGGAGCCUGGUGUUUCCCUGCUACUGGCUCCUGGACCGGCUCCUGGCCUCCUGCGUGGCCACCUCACUGGAAAAGCACCAACGCUCCCAGGACCCCUGCUCCUUCCUUACCUUGUGUGUCCUGAUCUCUGCACCCCUUUACCUGCUCCUCCUCCUUGCCUCCUUGCCCUUUGCACUGCUGGGCUUCAUCAUCUGGGCUCCCCUGCAAGUUGUCCGCCAGCCCUACUUGUACACCUAUUGCAGACCAGACAAACACCAGGCUGAGCAGGGCCAGGCUGGACCAGGGGCUUUUGGCAUUGGGGAAUGGAGGCCACAGGGCAGAAGUUUCUGCUUCUGCAGUGCCAACGUAUGUCUGCUGCCAGACUCCCUGGCCAGGUUCAACAACCUGUCAGACACACACAGGAGAGCCAGGGAGGUGGGGAAGAGGAUCCGCAAUGGCGCAAGUCGGCCUCAGAUUAAAAUCUACAUCGACUCACCUACCAACACUUCCAUAAGUGCGGCAUCCUUCAGCAGCCUUGCCACAGGUUUCCGUCGUACCUCCUCUCUGGACCAGCGUCCAGACCUAACACACACCACCAACGGCCCAGCUGACACUGAAACUGAACCCCUCACCGAGUGCCCAAUUCACCCCUCAGGUGCCACCGACUGCCCUGUUCACCCCUCUGCAGGAGACCAGGGCUCCUCUGACUGCCCCCUCCACCCAAAUGGAGCAGACGCAACAGCAGACUGCCCCCUUCACCCUGCAGGGACUAACAGCAGCUCAGACUGUCCUGUUCACAGCUCAGGAGAGGCUCCAGACUGCCCCAUGCAUUCCACGGGGACUCAGAGUGGCCAAGGCUAUUAUGACUGUCCCAUGCAUGAAGAAGGGACCCAGACAAAAACAUCCCCAGACUGUCCACUUCACACCUCAGGGGUUCAAAUCAGCAUCAGCGCCCCAGAGCCGGACCCACAGGAAGAGGAGGCCGAAACAGGGAACCAUCGGCCUGGGGAGCUGGCAGGGGGAGACACAGGAAGCAUGACUGCCUCCAGGGAAUCCCUCACUCGUUACCAUGGUGGUGACGGUGGUGUAGGGAUAUCCUCCAAUAACACUCUCUCUCACGUCCCUCGCACAUCAGUCUUUAAACGGCCUGGACGAAAACGCCGCCAUGGAGAUGAGACAUUUGACCAUGAGAUCUCUGCCUUUUUCCCUGCCAACUUGGAUUUCCUGGCUCUGCAAGAAGUUUUUGAUCACGGAUCGACGACUAGACUGCGGCGACAGUUGCAUCGCUACUUCCCCUAUGUGUUGAGUGAUGUUGGCCAGUACGGCUGGAAAGGCUGCUGCUCAAGGUUUAAAUUCCUGAACAGUGGGCUACUGCUGGCCAGCCGCUACCCUAUCCUGGAUGCACGGUUCGAGAGCUACCCCAACGGGAAGGGGGAGGACGCACUGGCAGCUAAGGGGGCACUGUUUGCCAAGGUUCACGUGGGCACCUCCCAUCAGGAACAAAGGGUUGUCGGAUAUAUCACGUGUACCCACCUCCACGCCAUAGAAGGUGAUGCAUCUGUGCGUUGUGAGCAGCUUGACCUGUUGCUCCAGUGGGGGGCUGAGUUUCGCCAAUCCUCAUCCCAAACACCUGAAGGAGAGAAGGAGGAAGAGUUGGUUGCCUUUGAUGUCAUCCUGGGAGACCUCAACUUUGAUAACUGCUCUUCAGAGGACAAGCUGGAACAGCAGCAUGCACUUUUUACUCAUUACAAGGACCCAUGUCGCCUGGGGCCAGGGGAGGACAAACCAUGGGCUCUGGCUUACAGAUACGGAUGACAUGGAGCAGCACCACCGGAGAUCAUGGAAGUAGCACAGCAAAUUACGACCAAAGGCGAUGACAAAGAAGUGGAGCCAGAGACUAAUCGGUGAAAAUGAUAAGAAACAUGAGUUUGUCUGCACUGUGAUGCAUUUUAAUGUGUCAUUCAACAGGUACUUUACUGGAUCCCAGUGGCCUUUAUGACGACGAGGUCAGUUCACCUGAAAGUUUACAGAAGUAAGUCACAUACACUAACUUGUUUUCUUCACUUAGAAUACCAUUGACAUGCACUGACUUACACUCAUUCACAUUCAACCACUACGUGCUUUAAUCCCAGUAUACACUGUUUAUAUUGGGCUGUCCCAGACAAAAGAUGACCAACGUCAAAGAAAUGUGGCGAUAUCUUUGGUCGUGGCUCUAAAACAGUGGUCCUACAUCGCACAGUGAGAGAGGUUUAAGGAUGGCUGUUGUCAUGGUUUUGCAAUCAAAGACAGCCUGGGAUAAAAUUCUGACAGUGCCGAAAAUUUGUAAUGACCAUCUCAUGGUGACAAUCUAUGUCUACUGACCAAUAGAAAUGCAGCAUGAAAUGACGCACUGAUUAUCAUGAUAACGCGAAAUGCUAGUACAUGCUAAUAAAUACAUACUUUGAGCUCUUGUUGCACAACCACGACCGCGUCCACAUUCUCCUCCCCCUUUUCCUCUUCAGACUUUUUCAACACAUAAAUGCCACGAUAGCAAGGGCUUCAUUCAUGUUUGUUUUUAUUUUUCUCUUACCACUACAGCAGUGUACAUGGAUGAUGCACAACAAUGACGUUCUGUUCUUGCAUAUUGAUGAUCAUGGACGUACGUCCUGGCAUGGAAUUCAGUAGGCGCUGUCGUCAUACAGUCUGCAUACAUCAAACUUGAUGUCAUACCCAAGUGUAUUAGAUCCAUGUCGCAUAGUGUAGCUGCACUAAACUUAUAAGAUUGCUACAAUCUCACAGUCUGUAGGAGGCUUUAGACCAACCCUUAUCUAAUUCAAAUGUCUUAACCCUAAUAUUUAGAUUUAGAGUGGGUCCCUCAUUCAUUCUCUAACUUAACAUCAACAGUAGCAUCUCUAACUCAAUUAUCAGAAUCAGAAUCAGAAAUGGUGGCACGGUGGUGUGGUGGUUAGCACUCUCGCCUCACAGCAAGAGGGUUGCUGGUUCGAUCCCGGGUGUGGGAGCCCUUCUGUGCGGAGUUUGCAUGGGUUCUCUCCGGGCACUCCGGCUUCCUCCCACAGUCCAAAGACAUGCAGAUUGGGGACUAGGUUAAUUGGUAACUCUAAAUUGUCCAUAGGUGUGAAUGUGAGCGUGAAUGGUUGUUUGUCUCUAUGUGUCAGCCCUGCAAUAGUCUGGCGACCUGUCCAGGGUGUACCCUGCCUCUCGCCCGAUGUCAGCUGGGAUAGGCUCCAGCCCCCCCGCGACCCUCAAGAGGAUGAAGCGGUUAGAAGAUGAAUGAAUGAAAGAAUCAGAAAUACUUUAUUGAUCCCCGAGGGGAAAUUGUUUAUGUUACAGUUGCUCCUUGCAAGAGAGGAAAGAUACGUGAAAAUAUAAGAAAUUUAAACAUUAGUAUUAACAAAUAUAGAGUUAAAUAAACAGGAAUUAUUAACAAACAUAAACUUAAAUAAAUAUAUAUAUAUACAUAUAUAUAUAUUGUAAACUGAACAAGAUUAUUUACACAAACAAAAUAUAUACAGUCAGGGUGAAUGGGGUUAUUGCACAAGUUAGAUUAAAUUAUUGCAGUGUGUGAAAUAGUCACAGGGCCACUCAGAGGGAGGAGUUGUACAGUUUGAUGGCCACAGGCAGGAAUGAUUUCCUGUGGCGCUCAGUGGUACAUCUUGGUGGUAUGAGUCUCCCACUGAAAGUACUCUUGUGCCUGACCAGCACAUGGUGGAGUGGGUGUGAGACAUUGUCCAAGAUAGUUCGUAGCUUAGACAGCAUCCUCCUCUCUGACACCACCAUCAGAGAGUCACACUCCAUUCCCACGACGUCACUGGCCUUGCGGAUCAGUUUGUUGAGUCUGUUGGCGUCCGCCACCCUCAGCCUGCUGCCCCAGCACACAACAGCAUAGAGGAUAGCACUGGCCACCACAGACUCAUAGAAAAUCCUGAGCAUAGUCCGGCAGAUGUUGAAGGACCUCAGUCGCCUCAGAAAAUAGAGAUGGCUCUGGCCCUUCCUGUAGAGAGCAUUAGUGUUCUUGACCCAGUCCAGUUUAUUGUCAAUGUGUACCCCCAGGUACUUAUAGCUCUCCACAAUGUCCACACUGACCCCCUGGAUGGAAACAGAGAUCACCGGUGUCUUGGUCCUCCUCAGAUCCACCGCCAGUUCCUUUGUCUUUGCCACGUUGAGCUGCAGAUGGUUCUGCUCACACCAUGUGACAAAGUUAUCCACAACAGCCCUGUACUCAUCCUCAUCACCCUUGGUGAUACAUCCAACUAUAGCAGAGUCAUCAGAAAACUUCUGAAGAUGGCAGGUCUCAGUGCGAUAGCUGAAGUCCGUGGUGUAGAGGGUGAAGAGGAAGGGAGAGAGGACAGUCCCCUGCGGGCCCCAGUAUUGCUGACCACUCUGUCUGACACACAGUGUUGCAAGCGCACAUACUGUGGUCUGCCAGUCAAGUAGUCUACAAUCCAGGACACCAGGGGGGCAUCCACCUGCAUUGCUGUCAGCUUGUCACCCAGUAGAGCUGGACGUAUGGUGUUGAACACACUAGAGAAGUCAAAAAACAUGACCCUCACAGCGCUCGCCGGCUUAUCCAAAUGGGUGUAGACACGGUUGAGCAGGUAGAUGAUGGCGUCCUCAACUCCAAGUCGGGGCUGAUAGGCGAACUGGAGGGGGUCCAAAAGUGGCUUGACCAUGGGCCGGAGCUGCUCCAAGACGAGUCUCUCCAGGGUCUUCAUGAUGUGGGAGGUCAAUGCCACGGGUCUGUAGUCCUUGGAGCCACUGGGACGCGACGUCUUUGGCACAGGAACGAGGCAGGAUGUCUUCCACAGCAAGGGGACCCUCUGGAGACUCAGGCUCAUGUUAUUAUUAUUGUUUAUUAUUGUAAUGAUAUUAACAGAUUGUAAUAUCUUUGACAGAAAUGAGAUGUCACUCAGAAGCUGCAGAAUUGCCUAACCAUUUCUGACAUGCUGUAUAUGCUGUAUUACAGGAGCUGCAUUCUACCAGAAGUGAAUGUGUAUUGAUUAUACUGACAGUGCCUUCCACUAGUUUGCAAAAGAUGUUUGUGGAUGCCACAAGAAUGUAACAUUGCAACUCUACAUCCUGGCCGAUAGCUGACCUUUGACAUAAGCACUCCACUCCACUAUUUCUGGUCUCUUCUUUUUACCACAGAUGGUCACAGUAUAUAUCUGACUGCCUUUGAACGCUUGUUGUUUUAUUACUAGCUGUUUUUUGACUGCAGUGCAAUUCCAGGGCUACAUCCUUUGUCAAAACAUCAGUUUUCUGAUCCCUUCCCAUUCCUGUUUGUGUCUGUCAGAGUGAUGGAGAACGAGGAGGGGAGAAAGGAGUACCUGGUGUUUCCUCCCAGUAAGAGCCAGUGUCCUGCCAGCAGUCAGAAGGGGAGGAAGAUCCCACUGAAGGGCAACGGACGCCGGAUUGACUACAUGCUCUACAGC